CAAACCUCUCUCUCUCUCUCUCUCUCUCUUUCUUUCUCUGAUCUCUCACUACAUCUAUCUAUCUAUCUUUCUGUCUCUACUUCCCAGUUCCCAUGGCGGAAGAGCUGCGAGAUUUCUACUACCACCAACCCUUCCAAGAUGACCGCCACGGCGGCGGCUUCCUCUACUCCGCCGCCCAAGCUUCAUCCAUGGCGGAUUCUUCUCUGCUUCAUCAUCAUCAUAACCUUGAUCCCACAAGUCCCUAUAUGAGUUUCACCGACUACUUACAAGGAUCCAGUGACUUCGAAGCGUCUGCCGGCGUCGGAUUCUCCUCUUCGCCGCCGUUAGACGAGCGGAGGCCGGUGAAUGUGACAACGACCGUUGGCGGCGGUAGUACUGAAACUCCGGUAGUCAUGACUCCUAACUCCUCCAUUUCUUCCUCCUCCACUGAGGCCGGCGGCGGCGACAACGAUGAUUCAAAGCACAAGAGAGAGAAGCUGGCGAAGGAGACCGAAGGAGAAGACGACGGCGAAGAUAAUAAUAGCUCCAAGAAAGAGAAUAAGGGGAAGAAGAAGGGAGAGAAGAAGCAGCGACAACCGCGAUUCGCCUUCAUGACAAAGAGUGAAGUUGAUCAUCUUGAAGAUGGAUAUAGAUGGAGAAAAUAUGGCCAAAAAGCUGUCAAGAAUAGUCCUUAUCCAAGAAGCUAUUAUAGGUGCACAAGUCAAAAAUGCCCAGUGAAGAAACGCGUGGAGAGGUCAUACCAAGACCCCUCCGUCGUGAUCACCACCUACGAAGGCCAACACGACCACCACAUCCCCACCAAUCUCCGGGGAAGCCUCGCCGGAAUGUUGCCGCCUUCCAUGCUAGCCACCUCCUCGCUGCUCGGUGGCCCGCCCCCACAGGGCGCCACCCUUCCUCCCGAGCUUUUAAUGGCCCAGAUCAAUCCACUUGCCCACCAUUUCUACGGCGGCCAUAACGCCGCCUCCAUGAUGUUUCAGCCCCACCAAAAUAAUCUAACGCAAAUGCAACAACUCCACCCUGACUUUGGCUUGCUUCAAGAUAUGGUUCCCUCCAUGAUUUUCAAGCAAGAGCCAUGAGAGAGAGUUGAUGAUGAUGAUUAACCUUUAUCCAUUGAUCAUAAACUUCUUUUAUUAUUUUUUUUCACCUCUUUUUUUUUUUAAAUAUAGUUUUAAUGUAAUUCUCCUAGCUAGUUUAAUUUUAGGUGUUUUGAUUUUAUGGAAUAUAUAUACAGAUGUACUAUAUAUACAUGACAUGAUGUAUGCACUAUAUAUAUUACUUAGUACAUUAAUCAUAUAUAGUAUGGUGUACUUUACUUUAUGUAUAACUUUUAUGUAACAUUAAUUUA